GGAGGAGGUGUUCCUGGUAGCCAUCUUGGAUGUGCGGAGUGAUUGUUUAGCGAGAAGAAUUGACAUUUUUUAAAGAAUAGUUGGCCUAUUUAGAUAUUUGUAGAGGAUUUACCGAAGUGGGGCGACUAAGGAAAGAAAUCGGAACCCGGAAAAAGCCAGGUAAGUAAAUAAGACAUCCCCGAAGUGAUGAAUUUCGGUGUCUUCCCCCCUUUUCUCUCUGUCCCCUUUCCAAACUGUGUCUCCGCCGGUGGGAAGCUGCAGCUCUCUGCUCCGACAUCAGGCAACUUCAGUCUGUGUUUGAGCUCUAAAAACGGGAAAACACAACUUCCUGUGCAGAGCUGGAGCGUGUAGCUGGAGUUGGAGUUUGUUUUGGAGUGUGUGUGUGCUCGGAUGUUGGUGUGUUCAGGCGGCUGGUGGCACUUCUGAUGCUCAGUUCUGUGUUUAUCAACAUCCCGGGAAGAUCCCCUGUAUCCCUCCGAUGAUACACAACACCAACUGCUUGUUCUGUCGAGCUGGUCAAAGUUUUGCUCUUUUACCACAAAGUCUUAAAGAAACUAAUAAUAAAAGUCUGUGGGGUCGAUUAAAAAACUCAGAUGAGAUAAAUCCAGAUGUGACUGUUUGAAAAAGUAGUUCCUUAGUUUCUUUUUGUGCAUAAGAAUCAAGCAGAAAAUACAGGUGAGCUCUGUGGUAGUCUCAGUUUCAUAUGUCAAACCCAACAGUGAAGAAAUGAUACCAAACUGGAGCCAUGUAUGGAAGCCUAAAGAGGACAUGCAUCUGUGACUUUAAUAAGCCUUACCAAGUCCUGGUUAUCACAUCAAUAAAUAUGGUAUUUACAUGCAUGUAGGGCUGGGCGAUAAAACGACAACAAUUUAUAUAGAAAAUUAAUUUUCCUCAAUAUCAGUAUAUGAUUUAUUUUUUUUGUUUUUUAGAUAUUUUUUAAAGGUGACAGUUACUGACACAUUUGACUGCCAAAAGUCAGCAGGGUAAGGUUUUUUAAAGCCCACUUUGUGUGCUCCAGGAGGCACCAAGUUGACACAGGAGCUUUAAAUAUAAAUUAUUUGAAAGGGAGUUAAUUAAGACAUUAUUAAGAAAUAAAUAUUAUGAAAUAGAUGGUAAGAACAUAAAGGUAAAUGCAAGCCUCUCUUACUAAUUGUUUCAGUUCUUACAAUCUAGGAAACAGACAAACGAAGAAAGCACUAAUGAAGCGUAAAAGAGAAAAGUGCUGCAAAAAUGUGAAAAUGAAGUCAGACACAGAAAAGAGCAGCAGGAAGCUAAAAAAGUGAUGAACAUGUCCAGACAUGGUUGUUGUCAUACACACCUAAAGUAGGGAGGUCCAUCUCCUGACACUUUAAAUGGAUCAGUGCCUUCAGAUUUUCACUUCAUCACGACCUCGGAGUUGUGUUCGCCGUCUCUGCCCUGUUUUGGUUUCAGCGAUGCGUCUGUGCCGUCACAUGAGCGAAGCUGCUCCCUGAUUGUGCUCAAAUGUUUAGUCUACCUCUAGAUUUUCGGUCUCCCGGCUCCAUAACAUAAGUCAAGUUCAGGCCAUCCUGCAGCUCAUCAAAGACUCUGAAACCAUCUCAUCUUCAGUCUUUAUUAAAAAAAAAAUCAUGAUCACAACGUGUCCUUGCUGAGGCUGCACGGCUAAAACACUGUGUUCUUAUAGGGCAUUGAAUGCAACAUGCUCAAACUUGUACUUAUGAGUGGUUAAAAAGCAUUGUUGGAAAACUGUGAAGUUGGUGCCGACACAAAGAAAGCUCUGAGCAGAAAAAGGCGUAGUAACACUCAAAUUAAAAUCAUAGGCCUGGGCGAUAUCGUCCGAUCUUGAUUGUUAUCACAAUUUUUUUUAACUGCCUAUUUUAAAGCAUCUGUACUAAAAACUAAAGAAACUAGAGAUUAGUUUAACAUUUUAUUAACAUACAAAGUAAAAAACAAAGCAAAUUGAAUAAGAUAUACUUUAACUCAACAGAAUAACAAAUGUAGAUAAAUACUAAAUAAUACAGAGAAUUAUUAUUAUAAUACAGAGUUUACAGUCCUGAGUGUUUUUGCAGGUAUGCAAGACCCAAAAUCGCCCCCUCAGAGAUAAUGAAGACGCCUUAAAAUGUAAACAUUAGAUGAUACGAUUGAUUGCUGCUUUGAUCUGGUGGCUGCACCACUAUUUGUGGCUAAACUGCUGAUGCUACUCGUGCCGUCAGCAGUGACAGGCUGCACAGACUCCGCUCGCAUUUUCACGCUUUCCGCAUAAUCACUCAGGAUGUACUUCUUCAUAUGAUUAAACAAACCUGUUGUGUUGCCAGUUUUUGAGAACACCUAUCGCCGACACAACUUACACAUCUGCUUAACUGCUCGACAUCACUUUGGAGAUACCCGAAACCUCCGCCGCACAACCGACGUUCUCCGAGAACUUACAGAAGUGAGCAGGAGAAGCUCGACUCUGAUUGGCUGUUGUGACGCACACUUCCGCUAUGUUUGAUCGAUUAAAUAUGCUCUCAGCUGAUCACCGUGAUCAAACUGAAAUCUAUCACGAUCAUAUAAUCGCCCAGUCCUAGCGGUAAAUCGUCUUUCAAUUCAGUCCUCCACAAUCGUCAAAAUACAAUAAACCGGGCUGAAUAAUAUUUUUUACUCGUGUUGUCCGGUGUGGUAAAAAAAAACGCGCUUUCCAUUUAUUUGUAAAAAGAAACCAGCUUUCAUUUUUAGGCCGUCAUUACGAUCGUAGGCUGGUGCAACAAAGUAAAAUAGCGGUAUAAAUGAGUCACAAGUGCAGCUCAGGUAAACUAAUGCAUGACAAGGUUGUGACAAACAACAUAAUAGGGAAAAUAUCGAAGGAAAAGAAGAAGCACUUGUAAAAAAAAGUAAUUGAAAUAGUCAGGCCAGUGGUCGGAAAAAUGGUUUCACAUCAGAUUAUUUCUCCGCUUAUUUUCUAAAUGCAUCCUGUCCAGUCUGUUUUUUCUCUUCUGUGCACCCUCGUUGAUAUUUUUGUUUUAUUUUGUGCAGAAUCUGCAGGUAAAAACUCUCCUGUGUUAAUAAACGCAAACAUUAACAUAGCCUUCUGUCUGUCUGUGUUUCCUGCAGUGAAAGAAGGCAUGAAGACAUCAUCCUAGUCAUUAGUCAUGGCCGAUAAAAGGAAACUUCAAGGUGAGCUCUCAGUGUUUGUGUGUCUGUAUGUGUGUCAGCAAACAUCCCAGUUGCUGUAAGUAAGCAGAUGGAUUUGUUGUGGUUUGAUCCGCUGCCAAGUGGGUGAGGUUUACCACAAAUGACCUAAUAAAGGCACAGUCAGAAUGGCAGAGGAGCUUUGAAGAGUUGUGAUUGGAAAACUCCCCCCUGAUGUUGUCUUUGUGCUAAACUCCGCCCACCUGUCACUCUUAAAAAAGUUCACACAAAUGUGAAAUGUCGAUCAAAGCUGCGCUCUUUUUGGGCGUGUCAUGUGUUGCAUAAUUAAGUAAAAAUGUUCCUGCACAGCUUGUACAGAGAAGUCACACAUAUUUGCUUCGCUGAGUUUUAUAAGCUGACGUCUCACCAGGUUGGAGUUUUUCGGCUCCAGAGGGGGUCGGGGAUAAAUCCUGGUUCGGUUGCUGCAGCCUCAGCUCAAACAUGAUGGAUUAACCUGAGCUCUAUCUGUCUGUGACGAGCUUUGAAGUCCUGACUGUUGAGUUUUUGGACGGUUUAGCCCACUGGAUUAGAUUAUAUUCUUCCUUGAAACAAAUAACAACAUUAAAGGGAUAUUCCGGCAUAAAUUAAUUUAGGGUCAAACACACCGUAACACAGAGUUAGACACCCCCUUAAGAGAUGAAUGUUGCCGACCGUUUGCCUCUCUAGUUAUUCCAACUUUAGUAACGACCACACGAUAGCGAUGCCUUAGCGUCUCGGUCUGAUUGCAUUUCCAUUAAGGAAUUAUCAUAAAUGUUCUUCCUUGAGCUGCGUCACCCCACUGCAGUUUGUAUGUACUGUUGAUGAAGUUAGGUGCUGUUCUGAGCAUUAGUUGUGGUUAUAGAGUGGCGUUUUGGUUGAGGUUUGUUUAUGGCUCCUCAGACUGCUGUGUAUUGAUAUCCUGCGGUCGUUACUAAAGUUGGUAUCACGAGAGAAGCAAAUAGUCGGCAACAUUCAUUCCUCGACGGGGUGUCUAACUCUGUGUUACGCUGUGUUUGACCCUAAAUUAAUUUUACACCGGAAUAUCCCUUUAAAAGCAAACAGGAUUAGCAUUUCAAUGAGCCACAAGUGGCUACUCAUGUUUUCUCAGAUACUGAAUUUGUUUCUGUUUUGAUUUCUUGAAAUUCGUCUUAAAAAGUGGAAUUUUUCGAUUGAACACAGAGACCUUUGAGCGUCAGUAUUCGCUCACGACCACAGCAGUAGAAGAAUGAAAGAUGGAGAGACACAGUGACGAUUGAAAGAUUCGACUGCUUCAGUUUUUGUCUCUUUGUGCACACAGCUGACACACUUCUCUCAAACAGCGGAGAGUUUCAGACUCCGACUCCUCACCGCUCGCCUCCUCUCUGAGCUUUACGUUAAAAAUUAAAACAGUCCGACUGUCAGUGAAGCUGAAGCAGACUGAUCACCGGAACGGCUCUCAGGACUCUGAUGUUAAUGCAUCCUAAGCUUCACGCUCACCACGGCGAGCUUUGUAACCCGAUCCAAACCUUUUUGUGCGCGGAGACAGAAAAACCUAGAGGCUCCAUCUCACAUGAACCCCCCCCCCCCAACAGCUGCUUUAACUUCAUCUUAAACUGACAUGUAUCAGCUCAGGAUGAAAACUCUCUGUCAUCAUCAGCCGUCCCUCCACGUUCGCUCCCGUGACUCCUCCAACUUCGCCGCUGUCACAUUAAAAACAAAACACACAUUCAUGCAUGUACCCUCCCUUAAAAUCUCUCCGCUAAGAAGAUCAAGCGAACGAGUCUCUGUCAAAAUGUAAUGUAUUAUUACCGAGGAGGUAGACUUUCAUCUAAAAAUAACACGCCCGCUGCAGCCGAAUCUGAACCUCACGGCGGUUUAAGGUCAAACUGAAGCGCGUGUUGAAUCGUAUGUUGGAGAGGACUAAAUAAAACCAUGACGAGAGAAGAUGGGACUUAAAAACGGCAAAGUUGUCAAUACUAAAACCAUUAUCCAGACCGUUAUCGAGUCUUUUCUCAACCCGACCCUGAACGCCUCACAAUGCAAUCAUUCAUCACCUCUGUUAAAAAGCUUUCCUCCUGAAUUUUAACUCUGAUUUUAAGACUGGAUCGUGAUUUUAAACUAACAGGACUUAGUUUAGAGUCUGUGUUUACGUCAGCUGCUUUGAGUGAAGAGGAGGAUGGCGGCACCGAGUCGUUUUAAGCUGCAGACAGUCAAAGACGCUGCAGGUACUUUGGUUUGAUUUGAUGCACACCGCUGAUGUGUUCGUCCUCAAAUUCAGAAACCUCACUCGACAUCGACCCGCUUUGCAGGCUCCUCAGAUAAGCAUCACGCCGUCAGCCCUGAACCGCUCCUGCACAUUUUAGGACAGGAUGACUGCAGAUGUUUUUGCAGAGUUUGCAUGAAGACGGUUCAGGCUUUAAAAACAAACUAUGUCGUGCUCGCUCGCUGCAUUAAAAAAAUAUGCAGGGUGAUGUAACUGACUAAUUAAAUAGGUUAGUGAAAAUCAGGUCAUUGAUUCUGUGCUGUGAUCAGUCUUAUUGUUGCUGGUAAUUAAAGUUCUCAUUGAGUGUUUUCAACAUGACGGUAACCUGUCUGAGGGGAUCUCUCCCUGCAGGACUGCUUUAGUUUUCUUCAGGUGGACCUAAACUGGCAGCUGAGUGUUUGUGAGCGGUACCAGAGGACCUGUGUUUGUGUGUUCCCCGCUCCCUUACAACAAUAAUGUACCUUUUAUGGCAUGCAUAUUUCAUGAGAUGUCAGACACACUUUGUAAACUCCCUGCUGCUGCUGUACUCUGUGUUGUUUUAGAGCCUGUGUGUGUGUGUGAGAGAGAGAGAGAGAGAGAGAGAGAAGAGUCUAGGGGUGUGUUUCGUUUCACACAGGCUACUUUAUUGUAACUUUCUACAACUCAGAGUGACUUUUCAAUCCAGUGUUUGAGAAAAUCUGUUAAUCUGGAUCUUUAAAAGUAAAUCAUUCCCUCCUUUUUUUCUUCUUCAGCUGAAAUAGAUCGAUGUCUGAAAAAAGUAGCGGAAGGAGUGGAACAGUUUGAAGACAUCUGGCAAAAGGUGAGGAAGAUCGACGGAUGAUUUUGCUCUCUGAUAAAUAUUUAUUUUGACGUUUUAAUUUGAUUGUUAGAAAAGCCCAAAACGCCCAUCUGGGCUUCCCUCCUGAAGCUGCUGCCCAGUGACCCGGACCUGGAUGAAGCAGAAGAGAAUGAAAACGAUUGCAAAACUUUUUCAGUGAAGAGUAACUUUUGCAGUAUUUACGCACAAAUUUAGGGUUUACAUGAUUUGCAAACCACAAAAGUUUGUUUUUAUCGACCUUUUACUAACUGAGUUCUGCAUCUUCUAGACUUGAAGCGUCUUAUUUGACCAUAAAACCAUAACGCAGCCUCAGUAAACAGACGACAUGGACAUCAUACCUGUUGGACUUUGAGGUCUUGUUUUCUAAAUUGAGGUUUCAUUUAAACUCUGUGUCCUUUUCAGCUUCACAAUGCAGCCAACGCAAACCAGAAGGAGAAAUAUGAAGCAGACCUCAAGAAAGAGAUUAAAAAGCUACAGGUAAGAGGACAGACGGAUGGACAGACGGACAGGGGUCAGGUGUUUCAAGGCCAGUCAGAAACAGUCGGGGUGAAAUCAUCGAGGUCGUUUUAGGCUCUGAGAUUUUAUAAAAGUGGAGACAGUGGUGGUUUUCUGACCUCUCAGAGCAGCUCCCUUGUGUGAGUGUGUGUGUUCGAGUAUAGAGUGUUAAAUAUCAUCACAGUCAGCUGGCGGUGUGUGCAUCUCCUCGUGUGUGCGUCUCCUAGUCGUCGCCAUGCGGACCAAACUCCAAGCCAAGCCUGUUUGCUUCACGCAGACACCGAGUUCAGCAUCCGUGACUGUUUAGGUCGAGCCUCUGAUCACUCAUGAAGCUGUUUCUCUCCCUCUUCUUCACUUUCUUUGUCUUCUUCUGGUUCUUCAGCGUCUUCGAGACCAGAUCAAGACGUGGUUGGCGUCCAACGAGAUCAAAGACAAACGGCAGCUAGUAGAGAACCGCAAACUAAUAGAGACGGUGAGUAGAAACAUCGCGGAGCUGAGGUAACUGCUGGACCUGCGUUUAGAGCUGAGAAUAACGCUUUAAUUUCUCAAAACUGGAGCUGAUCUGUCUUAAGAACUGUUGGAAAAAUAGAUAUUUUUGGAGGAUAACUGCCAGUGUAAGAUAAAGUGAUGGUAUGAGUGCUUUUGUGGAUUCAGGUAUGAUAUAUAUAAGGAGUUUAUUCAGCUGUAAAUCAUGCACAUUGUUGCUCUGGUGUCCCAGACUGAUAAAAAAAGAGGAAAUGAGUCUAACAGGCGUCCUUCAAGUCAAGUUAUCCUGCGAACAACAUCCAUUUAAAGGGAUCAGAUCAAUUAACCCUUAGAACUCCCUCCUUUAUUUUCUAUUUUUGGUCCGCCUGUUUUUCUAUUUGUAAAAAUCUAUGUAACAACUGUAUCUGUCAGUUUCUGUCAGUUUAUGCAAAAAUGAUGUAAAAUGAAUGUGACAGGAGAUCCAGAACCAUCAAAGUCAACCAAGAAACAAAAACGGAAAUUGAUACCAACAGUACUUUGCUCAAAAAUCACAUUAAUCUACAGUGACCAAGCCUUUUCUCACCUGCACAUCAUUCUGUUAAGUCUUGGCUAUCAGGAGAAGAAAUAUUGGGAUUGGAACAAACACACAACACAAGCUAUUGACAUAUUUACACUAAUUCUUCCAGGCGUUUUUUACUAUUUACAGUUGUUUCUGCCACGACUUGAAGCAGUUCCUGUCUGGGAUGAGACAGAGGACCACAUCAUACUGCUCAGAAUCUCUUUUUUGCUCGUUUCCAAACAUUAAGGACCAUUAUUUCUUAUUUUGCAGACAAGCAGGGAACUUUCUUGUCUCCUGUUGAUCUUUAAUUGCCUCUUAUUGGACACAAUAGAAGAAGAAUAUGAGACCAUGUAAUUGGUCGAAAGUUUGACAGAAAAAGACGUCAUCAAAACAGCUUGUCAAACCCGGAAGACAUUGGCGGCAUUUAGCGGCAGCGAUCGUUUUUUUUUUUAUCACCACAAUAUGAUAAAUAAUCAUGUUUUCACUUUGGAUUUACCAUCAAACAUCUCUGAUCAAACAUCUAUUUUUGUGGCUGGAUUGUAAACCUUGUGGCAGGUGUAGAAAUGUCAGGAAACCCUCGAUAGAUCGCCAAAAGGAUAAGCUUUUUAACACAUUUCAUCCCAUAGAGAUCCACGGUAUAGUUCCCGAGAAACUGUGAACAAUAUUAAUGGUGUCACGUGGGAUCGCUGGUAUUAAUUGUAAAUAUCGGGUUGUCAUAGUUUCACAGAAGAAGCCUCUAAGUGAGGAUCUUAGACUCACGCAGGACCACAAGGUCAGAUAUGCAGAAAGGUCAGUAACAAGGUUUUAAAGUCAGAUGUAAAAACAGUUUCUGAGAUUGCUCUCAUAGUAAGAAUCUGGCGUUCUUCAUAGAGAGCAGGGAAUCAUGGGAGCUGGUCUGAUAUCGACCACCUGCUCUUUAGCGUAGCUUCCCCGUCCGCCAGCCCGCAGAGCCACACGAGCCUUUGAUGAGGGCUAUUGAGGUGGACUGAAUGUGAGCCACCUGCCCGCACAAUGAGCGACUCUCCAGCAACCCUCUGGUCCUGAUGAGCCGGUCUUUAUCCCGGAGCUGCUCUUCAAGACUUCCUCUGGUUUUCAUGGUCGACCUGAAAUUACACGCUGGGUCUUAAAAAUCCUGCAGGAAACAUCUGCGGGUUUGAGAGAAACAUCAACUCUGGGCCAAAAAGGAAAAAGAGACGUCAGAAAUGAAGCUUCAAGCGUGUUUGAGGCGUUUGGCAGGCCUGAAUACAUGUUUGGUGUUAAAAUCACAGCUUUGGUUUUUAUGUUUGAGAGGAGAAGAAGAAGAAGAAGAAGAAGAAGAAGAAGAAGAAGAAGAAGCUGCAGUUACAGACAAGAGGAGGUCCUCUGCUUUAAUGACUCCUCCAGCGUGAGGGUCCGUUUUUAGAGAUUUCUGUCAUUUUGAUGAAUUUUUAAAAUGACAGUGACACAAAAGACCAAAAGAAAGUAGGACAUAUUUUCAACUAUUGCAUUAGAGUUAAUACUCACAAUUUGAAAGAGUUUGAAGCAUCUUUAUUUAUAGUUUUUUACUGAAAUAGUUUAAAAUUUAACACCUUUUCUUUCUGGUUCACCAAAACUGUUUCUUUUGUACUUUAAAGCUCCCGUAAGAAGUUUUUUUUACAUUCAUGAAUGAAACUGAAAUUCAUAUUUAUGCCUUUAUAUGGUCAACAAAAGCAAACAAGACCAUCAGCGACAUGACUGAUGAUUUUUUAACUUCAUUUUUGAUGCCUGAAACUGGUGUGAGGGGGAACAUGUGAGUGGAACAGUUGAAGGAACAGUCUGUUCUUCGUUUUCCACAACAAAAAUUCACAGUGAAUGAAACAUUCCAGCAGAAACAAUCGUCAGCAGAAUGACUAUAGUUUCUCUCUUUAGCAUGUAAAGGACUGUUUUGUCCACAGGGGGCACCAAAAAUGACAAGAAACAGAAGUUCCUCUCAGGAGCUUAAAUUCAAAUUCAAACUCAACUUUAUUUGUAUGGCACUUUUCAUACAAAAAAUGUAGUUCAAAGUGCCUCGAAAUAAAAUCCGACCCUCCCACCGACACACACACCCACUGAUCCACACGCACAUGUUUGAGAGACAUGGCCUGACACCGAGACAUUAUGUGAGGAAAGAGCUGCCUCUGGUGAACACUGGAGAUAAAAAAAAAGAGAUAAAAAUGGUAAAGAGUAAAGCCUGAUGGACUAAAACAAGAAAAUAAUAUUAAAUGAACAGAUAAGAAAAAGCUCUUUACUGUAUAAAAAAGGGUUAAAAGAAGUAAAAACCUGUGAUGGGAAUUAAGAAAAAGACUAAGAACAGAGAUAAUUAAUAAAAUGACAAAAAAUAUACAAUAAGAACUACGAUGAAAAUGAACAUUUGCAGUAAGAGAAAUUAGUGAAAAGCCUGGUUAAAAAGGUGAGUCUUGAGCCUCUCCUUAAAAACAUCAACAGUCUCUCAGAAAAAGAGUGAUUUUUUAAAAAUUUUUUAAACAAAACUGGAAUUAUUUUAGUGUUUUAAGUGUUUGUGUAUUCCUGAGUAGAUUUUUCGAAGCCUUUCUAUUUCCAGCGUCGUCAUGAACAAAUAUUUAAGAUGUGAAUGUGUUUGAAAAACAAUAAAAGGCUUAGAUUUACUCAGCUCUAAAACUGUGGGACUGAAUUGAUCAUUUUCUACAUUUACCCCUCCACAAAAAUGAGCAAAAUGUCAGCAGCUGUUUCCCUGAAAUGUUACUCAUGGUGACUCUCUGAUGUGGCGCCUUGACAUAAAAAAGUAAAAGUAAUAAUCCUUUAAAUCUGUAAGUUUAUUAUAAAAUAAUCUGUUUAUCUGGAGCAUUUCGUAGGUUUGAGUCUUUUUGAGUUUCGACUUGUGUUACUUGUGAGAUUUUUAAACGUGAAAACAAACUUUCAACCUCCUCAGAAAACUAAAAUCUUCAGGCCUGUUCCAGUAUUUUCGUAUCUGUAUGUUUGUCUCCCUCCUCUUCCUCAUAUUUAUGGGAUCUGUGUCUAAUGUUGUCUGUUUGCAGCAAAUGGAGCGGUUCAAGGUUGUGGAGAGGGAAACAAAGACAAAGGCGUACUCUAAAGAAGGGCUCGGUCUGGCCCAGAAGGUGGAUCCGGCUCAGAGGGAGAAGGAGGAGGUCGGCACGUGGCUAACGGUGAGCUAAACUUUUAAAAAACAAGUGUAAAUAUGGUGAUGAACAGAUGUUUAGUGCGUGUACUAACACUCUAGAGCAGAGUCAUUUCUAUCAAGAGUUUUUAAGUUCGAUUGUUUUCUUUGUGUUUUUCCCGCAGAAUACGAUAGACACGCUGAACAUGCAGGUGGACCAGUUUGAGAGCGAAGUGGAGUCUCUUUCAGUCCAGACCAGAAAAAAGAAAGGAGACAAGGAGGUCAGUGUGUUCCCAUCUCUCAUCCAUUCACCUCCCUCUCCUCUCCCCUCCGUCUGUUUCUUUUCUCUGUUUGAAUCUGACACUGGGGUCGCUCGCUCCGCCGCCUCUCCUCUCCUCUUUAAUCUCUCCCUCUCUCUCUCUGGUGGAGAGGUCAGAUAGCGAGUCCUCUAUUUAUCUUCAGCGUCUGCCCAGGAGAGGAUAACCUUGCUGACCACUUUUUUUACUUUCCUUCUCACACGCUGGCUUUAAAGUCGUCUCCAGGGGCCUCAUUUAGAGAAAACCUCUUUGACUUUAUCCUUGACGAGCGGCAUUGAUUUUUGGAGAACAUGAGAACGGGCAAAUCCAGCGUACAGCCUUCAUACUUCGUACCUGCAAAGUCAUAAAAAAAAUUCAGGCUUCAUGCCAGAGAAGAAGAGCAGAGGAGUUUUUCCAACAUUAUUUAACAAAACUUUCUAUCGGUCUAACUGGAGCGUUCGUGCUCCUGCAGCUUUAAUAUGUCCUCUGAUAAAACACAUUAACACGUUCUGCACAACAUGCGUCCAGAGUGUUUCCUUUAACCACGUCGGUUCAGUGAAGCAGAGAUUCGCACACGCUCCCUCGAACACUUCCCUCUGAAAUGACCUCGGAUUUAUGUUCGGAAACACUCUGUGACGCCUCCAGACCGGAUAUAAAAACAACAAGAACACAGAAAUACAAAAUAAAUGAUGUUUAAGUGCUCUGGAACAUGUAUGAAUUAACUGUGUGGAAGGAGGAUGAAAUAUUUAAAAUGUCGCUGCGACUGUUUUAUGAUGCAGAAAACCCAUUAAGAGCUCGUGUAGCUGCGCUCUCAGGCUGCCGCGUUUCCUCACUUCUGUGUGUCGUACUUUAAAAUUUAACACGUUUUUCUUUUUUUUGAUGAAUUAAUUAUUGAAAAUGUUUUUGUUUUACUCUAGAGGAAUACAUCCUUUUGGCCCCUGGAUGUUAUAUGUUAGCAGAACAAAACACAGACGUGUAACUAAAACUUCAAACAUGUGUUAAUCUUAAAGGAAAUGUAAGUUUUGUUUAGUUUUAACUCAACUUUAUUUUAAAAGUGCUCCACAUUGAAGCAAACAGGAAUAAAAUAAGAGAACUCAGGAUUCAUACAAUUAAAUAAAGUUUAAGAAGAAAAAACUAAAACUUCCAGAGACGAAGCAGCUGAGAAAACAAAACGUCUUUCUAACUGAGUUUGUUUUUUUUUUCUUCUUUUCUGACUCGAUUGUCCAGAAACAGGACCGGAUCGAAGAGCUGAAGAAGUUCAUCGAGAAACAUCGACACCACAUUCGGAUGCUGGAGACCAUCCUGAGGAUGCUGGACAACGACUCGGUGCAGGUCGAUGCCAUCAGGAAGAUCAAGGUUGGAUUAAAAGUUUUUAACUAAAACAAAGUCUCUGAAAAAAUGGAAAAGUUUCAUUCCUUCUCAAAGAAAUAAAGAUUGUUUAGUUACGGUAUGUGUCGCAUAUCCAUGUACAUCAUAAAUUAAUAAACGUUUCAUGAUUUUUACUUUAUGAAGGACGACGUGGAGUAUUAUCUCGACUCGUCGCAGGAUCCAGACUUCGAGGAGAACGAGUUUCUGUAUGAUGAUCUGGACCUUGAAGACAUCCGUAAGUCCAGAAGGAGUUUGGUUGAAUUUAAUUGCACAAAACCCCAAAAAACUUCAACAGCAAGUGCAAGUUUUUUUCUCUUUAACGUUUUAAAUACACGGUGAAGGAAACAAACAGGGGCCAAGAUAGAAAAAGUCUACUUAAAACUUUUUAAGCUUGACUUUUGAACCUUUUAAAUCCUGCAGGAAAGUGUGAUUGAAGCAGUAACGCUGUGACUAAUCCCUCCUCUUUCUGUUUCUCUGCCCUCUCCAGCUCAGACGCUGGUCGCCACCUCCCCGCCGGGACACUCGCACUUAGAGGACGAGAUCUUCCAGCACUCCAGCAGCACACCCACCUCCACCACCUCGUCCUCACCCAUCCCCCCCUCGCCUGCAACUUGCACUACGGUAAAAAGAAAAAAAAGGGAUUAUACUAUCAGGCAUAAAGCCGUUUAAAGCAGGUGUGAGGAACUUUCAGUUUGCGUGGAUUUUGGCACCUCCUGUGGAGAAAGUGUGUAAUUGUGGAUGCAAAAAACAUGACUAAAGUAAAGCGGAUUUACUGAUUCUAGCAGAAAAAAGUCUCAGAUUCAAGAUUAAAGUGAUCUUUUACUGUCGUCUUUAUCAGGCUCAAUUCAAACUCAAUUUGUUCUGUUAACUUUUGUAAAGUUAGGUCCCAGAGUUUAGGAUAAUCGCCUUUGUAUGUGCCCCGCCAUCUGCUCUCAUUGUUUCUGCUCUUUUGUCAUCAUAUCAUCGGUUCUUCCCUCUCCCGCCCACACGCGGUUAGCUGAGAGUUAUUAUAGCUUUAAUGUGUCUCUUCGUUGUGGGUGGGGGUGGUUGUUAGCGGCUGAUGAAACAGAGUUUUACUUAAGCAUGAAAGGAAAUGUAAAGGAGGGAGACGAGCGCCGCGAUGAUUCAUGGGAAAAGUGAUUGUUUAACUUUUAAUUAUCUGAGGAAAGUUCAUGGAAAUGAUUUUGCUUUGAAGAAAUAAGAGCCCGUCUCGAAGUUGGAGUGGAGUUUCUGAUAUAAGCUAUAAGUCUGCACAUUUCCAAACAGCAAACUCACAAUAAUCGGCACCUUGGUCUAGUGCUGGGUGAUAAAAUGAUAACGAUAUAAACCAAAAAUUAAUUUCCCUUGAUAUCAAUUUAAAACUAUAAAACUAACAAUAUAAAAGGGCGUUCUCCAGGAUUUAGCUGAGUUUAGAGCGGUAAAGUGUAUGGCGUGUGUCCCUGUUAAAAGACACGGAUACAGAUGUCCAGUUUAGUGGUGGAUUUAUUUGACUGUGGUAAACAAUACAUUCAACAAUAUAGCAUCCAACUUGGACAGUGAAACAUCAUAAAACUCACUUCUGGCAUUUACACACAAUAAACCCGGGAUGUGAAGGUGAAUAUUGGGUAAAAACAGGUACGAGGAAAUCUUCGAACUUUCCUCCGUAGCAUGAAAAGGACAACUAAACUUUCACAGCUGCGGCAUCUCAGAUACAGGUGCGGUGCGUUCAUUUGCGUCGGAACGCCUCUAGUGCGUUCAAGAGCGUAGAACAAAUUAAAACUCACCAUAAAACACAAUAUAACUGAACGGUAUUUACUUAAAAACACCUAAACCAACAGGCAUUCUGCCAUGUCUCAAGCGCAACGCUUUACGACAAAACGUCAAAGAGACACGCAGACCUCACAGAUGCAGGAGAUUAUUGUAUUGCAAAAGACAUGCCAUCAAUAAGAUUUGUUAAAUGUCAUUUUUUAUAUCAUGAUGUACACUACGGGCCAAAAGUUUGGAAGCAAAGCCAUUCAGGCCGAACAGUUGGGAGUAACUUUAAGUUUUUGUUCUUGAAAAAGAGAUAUGAGUGGGCAAAAGCUCACAAAAAUUGGACUUAAACAAGUUUGCACUGUUUGGUUCAAAACGCAGAGUCUAUGUCUGCAGACAAAGUGGUGAGCAUCUGAAAGCACCAUGUGUAACACCCACAAUUCAGCAUGGAGGUGGUAGUUCCAUGAUAUGGGGAUGUUUUGCAGGUGAUGGAGUAGGAGAUUUGUUUGAAGUCAAGGGUAUCAUGAAGAAUGAACAGUACCACUCCAUCCUCCAGCACCAUGCUGCUCCAUCUGGACUCAGACUUGUGGCUCAUAAGUUUGUUUUGCAGCAACACAAUGACCCUAAGCACUCUUAGGGUCCGUGAUAAACUUUUUCCUCUAUCCCCAGUCCUCCGUCUCAUUUUCUGUCUUUCUGUAUCAUCGACUUGUUUUUUUUUCUCUGGCCUGAUGUUUUCUUCUUUUCCGUUUUUUAGGAGAACUCAGAAGAUGACAAGAAAAGGGGGCGCUCAACCGACAGUGAAGUUAGCCAAGUGAGUUUCAAACACAACAGACCCUGAAACACACAGCUUUACUCUUUUACACACACACACACACACACACACACACACACACACACACACACACACACACACACACACACACACACACACACACACACACACACACAGAGCUGUCCCGCCCUGUCAGCUCUGAGGUCACACACAGCCUCUAUUACUGCCUCAACCACCUCAAUCUGGACUCUCAGGAUCUCCUCCAUCUGCCGCUUUUAUUUGAUCAUUUGCUUCUUUUUCAGUCACCUGUGAAGAAUGGAAACCCCUCAUCCUCGUUAUCCUCGUCCUCCUCCUCUUCAUCCUCCUCAUCCUCCUCUUCGUCCUCCUCUGUCUCGGGACUGACCUCAUCCUCUCUGGUCUCUAUGGUGACCAUCGCAGGGGGAGGAGGCAGUGGCGGCAGCAGUGGCGGCUCUGGGGGCAGCAGUCACCACUUGAAUUCUGGGGGUCUCCUCUCCAACAUCUCCGCCGGCAGCUACAGCAACGCCACGCAGCAGCCCCCCCACCCGUCAGCACAGCAGCAGGCCAAAAACUCUCUCAACUCCUCCUCCUCCUCCGCCCCCCUACCCAACUCCACCUCCACUAACAGCCACCCCCCCUCCUCCGCCUCCUCUCCUCCCAACGUCAGCACACAGGGGCUUCUCUCCUCGACCUCCCAGCUGCCCUCGCUGUCAGGACCCCCGCAGACCUCCAACAGUCUGGGCCUGAGUCUGGGUCUCUCUCCAGGGAAAGGCGGCAUGUCAGGCUCCAUCGCCACCAGCCCCAUGUCCGCUGGUCUCGACCUGUCAGGGAUGCCGGCGUCCCUGAGCACCAUGGCGAGCCUCCUGUCCAGUGCCACCCCAGCGCCCUACGCUCAGGCAGCCGCAGCUGGGACCCUCAGCUCAGGCCUGCCGGGCUCUUUAGGCGGGGUUAGCACCACAGCGACAAACAGCACGCUCGGCUCCAUCGGCAGCGGCAACAUCGCGGUCGGCGGGCCAACGUCCACGACAGGAGGCCUGCUGGGAGCGGCGCCCGGGGUGAACAGCAUCAGCGCUGGGAUUCUGGUUUUGAGCUCAGGUCAGUCGGGGCUGCAGGGGUCCUCUCUGGUAUCGCUAAGCCCAGUUGGAGGUUUGGCGCCUGGGAGUGGAGUAGGAGUCAUCGGGAGUAACGGAGGAAGCUCAGGAUCAACAGGAAGCGGGGUGGUGGGAGGAAACUCGUCGCUGUCCAUCAGACCGCCGAGUCAGCAGAAGCAGAACGGAAGCACCAGUGAGUAUCUGAGGAGGAGCGAAGGUGGAGAUCGCAGCAUUUUAACUCUCCUUUACUGCAACUUCUCUGAAGACGACCUAGAAAAGUUUAGUAGCUCACAGUCAUUUUUACUGGAAUCCACACAAAUCACUGUGGGACCCGUCUUCAGCUUCCCCCCUUUUAACUUUACGAUCCAAUGAAAGUUUAGCAGGUUUAACACCAGGUAUAUCAGUUUGUAAUAAAAGUAAUAACAUUGUUCUUGACUUCUCUCUGUCGAGUAACCCACUGUCUGAAGAUUCAAUCAAGCUGUUUCCACACAUGAACUUCGGGAGGAAAUUCCUCAAGAUAUCAGGAACAUUUCUGAAAAUUUCAGGAACAUUUCUAGAAAAUUUCAAGAAAAUGCCUAGAAAAUAUUGAAAAAUUCCUAGAAAAUUUCAGGAAAAUUUAAAAAAAAUUCCUAGAAAAUUUCAGGAAAGUUCCUAAAACAUUUUUGGGAAAAUUCCAAAAAAAUUUUAGGAAAAUUUCUGAAAAUUUCAGGUUUUGUUACCCGGAAAUUUAACAGACAGAAUAAUGGUGUGAUUUUAAGUGAUACGGUCAACAGCGCACAAAUACACAUCUCCUAAAAUCUUAAAAGUUCUAAGUUGAUGCUAGCAGUCUAUCUCUUUUUCAGAACUUUUGUAGAAUUUCAAACUUACAUAAAAUUUUCAGAUUUUCAAGUUUUAUAGACAUAAUUUCUCAUCAGCACUUUUUGCAAGAGGAAAAAAAACAACUAAAAGACUGCAGUGCUAUAGUGUGUCAUCUUCACUUUAUAGGCUGUUAUAACAUUAACAUUAUAGCAGUCAUUGAUUUAGUUUGCCAGAUAUUGAACUCUUUUUCUCUUUUUUUCUCAAAAACAAAAACCUAAAAUCAGUUGAUUGAAAGUAUUUAAGAUGUUUCAGGAUCUUUAACAGGACAAUUAAUGAUCUAAAAUUGUUGUUUUUGUAACAGGUUACAGUGCUGUGGUAGCAGACAGCACAACAGACUCCGCCCUCAACAGUGCCAGCCAAUCACAAAGCAGCCAAUCUUCGUCUUUGACCUCUACAGCCAAUCAGCCGUGAGUCUGAAAAUGAGGACUUGUAUCAUUUAGAAUUCACUCAUUUUGAAACUUCUGUAACUAGUUUGAACUUUUUUUUUUAAGUUUAAACAACAGCAGCAGUGAUUUUUACAGUUUGUCUUUCUCUCUCUCCUUCUGUGUCCCUCCCUCCAGUAAGGACACUGGUCCCAGUUUACUCGGCCCCCUGAGUUUGUCGUCCUCCAUCUCUCCGUCUCCAGCUUUCUACAGCGAGGCCAAAACGGUGAGCGGAGGCAGCCUGCUGAACGGCCCGCUGUCCUACUCGCAGCCCUCAGACAGUAUCAAGGUGAGGGACAAAGCGGACAAUCGCGAUCUUCGCCGGUGUUUGAAUCUGAUUUUUACGGCGUGAUAAAGGUGCAAGACGUCAGGCAGGAUCUGUUUUCCCAUGAGCCUCUUUGUCUGUCUUCAUCAGCCCCAGGAGCCUCUGAGCAGCCUGAAGUCCAUGGCCGAGCGAGCAUCACUCAGCUCAGGGAUGGAGGGAGACGUGCCCUCCCCGCACCUCACCUCAGGUACACGCACACGCGCACACACAGACACACACUCACAGGGUAACAAAAGAAAUGGAGGGUUGUCUCGGAGCAGAAAUAGACAAGCUGUAGUUUAAUGGAACAAAAUGUCAUCUCACCUCCCACUCGGCCUCCUCUGAACAAAAACUGAUGAUGAUACUAUCAGCCCUGACUCAACUUCUCUCUCUUUGUCCUCCAUCCCUCCCCCAUCCGCCCCGCUCACUCCCCCACAUUUUCCCUCUCUCCUCUCCCUCCUCAGACAUCUUCCCCAGCAGCACUACGGCUCCGUCGGGGCCCCCGUCAGCACCUCAGCCCUCGCUGUCAGAGGUCAGCAUCCCGCCGUCAUUGGGGGUCUGCCCGCUCGGGCCGGUCCCCCUGUCCAAAGACCAGCUCUACCAACAGGCUAUGGAGGAGGCGGCGUGGACGCACAUGCCCCACCCGUCUGACUCUGAGAGGAUCAGGUCCAGUCACAAUUUUUUUUUCAUCUCCAUCCUGAAAAAUCAAACUUGGUCUCAUCUUGACUUUUAGAGGGUCUUAAAUCCUCGAUAUCACAAACAUGUCUGAAUAAUGAACCACAUCUACACUCCCUGGUUAAUAUGACAUGAUUUUUAUAAUCCUAUUUUGUGACUUUUUCUUGUAUUCAAUCUGAGCUCCCAUACCUACAUUUCAGUCCUGACACCUCCCUCUCAGAGGAUGGGAUGCUUUUUAUUCUGAUAGCAAUCAUCAGCGUGGGUUUGCUGCAUCAUGUCUGGACUUGUGAUGCUUUCAGACAUGAUGGUAAAUUUUAAGUACAGGGGGACAAUAAUCUGUAAUGUGCAUUUGGUGGGUGUCAGAUUUGAUCGCUGUGACGGUCUCCAUUGACUCUAAGGUGAUUUGAAACGUGGGAAAUGUAGUUCAAUGAUCUUAACUCAUUCAGUGCCAAUCACGGAUCUGGACAGAUUUUUUAGUUGUUGUUUUUUCCACCAGAGGGCGCUCCUCCCCAACAUGCGACUAAGUUUGGGGUCGUUCUGAAUGCAGAAAAGCCGACAAAUACGUCAUCACCAAGUUACAAUAACAAAAACAAGCCCCGGCCAGUGAGAAGUGUGCCAUCAAAUUUGCCUAUUAGCCGAGUUGUCAAGUCAUUAGCCAAGAGCUAACGGUCUUGGCGCUGCUAACGGUGCUAACCUCUCUGGAUUUAGUGGAGAUCCCGAUACCAGACCUUUACAUCGUCGGCCAACAAUCAAAGAAACAAUUUUCUGCCGCGUUGUUGUGCCGUUACUGGUGAGCGAGACUGAGCCGGAAUUCGGCGAGGAGGAUGCGAGCGGUCUGCGUGGUUUACGUCACAGCAUCAGGUUCUCGAGAGCCAAUAUGACUACCAGCCACCACAACGUGACCUAUAACAAUCGGUUAUCGAGAGUGAUGAGGAGUGUUGUUCGAGAAGAGAGGAUCUUGAUGCCACCGGUAAAAUAGUUUGAAGUGAAAUAAAAUAGACGAUCAGAGUUCUGCUUGAAAGUCUCUCCUUCGUAAAAAUGUGUUUUUUCCAGAUCUGCAAAGAUGAUAUGACCACGCUGCAUUGAGCGGACAAUAACUAAACACAGGAGUGGGUUAGAGACAAACUUUUUUUUCUGGUGAAAGAAGAGGAUAAGCCUUUUUUUAGAGGUAUUGCACUUAAUUCUAGUCCAAGCACAGGAUAUUCUGUGAGUCCUGAAAGUUACAGAAAUUGCUCUUGCAGUCAAUGAUGUUACUGGGUGAAAAUUGCACUGAAUGAGUUAAUAGUUGACAAAAGUCAUUUCAAUGUGGCUCCUAAAUCCUCCCUAUUCAUCUGUAGAUAAACAGAAAAAAUCAGUUUGUUCUAGAUAAUAACUCUUGUGUAUUUAAGAGGCCUGAAAAAAGAAACAGAUUAACAGGCGUGUGCGAAAAACUCUCCUCUGUUUGGUCUUUGUUUCCAUCGUUUGCUUUUCUGACGCCGAAGAUUUGAAGGAGCUCGUUUCAGAUUCUCCGUUUUUAUCCACUUGAAUCAAAAACACACAAAAUCAAUCACAGAGAUUCAACACCGGGAGGAUUCGAGGCUUGUGAACAUGAUGCCACUGUGUUUGAUAUGUGAUUAGUGAUUUUAAAACACCACACACACACACACACACACUCACAGACACACACAAUUAGAGAGCUGGUUCUGCUGGCUCUGUAUCUGCUGCGCUGUCAGCCCACACAGGUACAAUUGACAUUUAAAUCCAAACACUCAAACCCUCUCAAAGCUCAGUACCUGUUGUGUUCAACUGUUAAAGAGGACACACACACACACACACACACACACACACACACACACACACACACACACACACACACACACACACACACGAAGCUUGAGUCAUGUAUUUUUUACUGUUUCAUCUUCUAACACCGAUAGCAAACCUUUUUUGCGGAGCUCCUCACAUACAAGCACAGCCUCAAGUCUGUACCUGCAGGGACUUUACAUGCCAUGACAACAAAUGAAACCAGCUGCAGAACUGAUGGGUCAAUUAAAUACUUAUAUUUUAUUUAUUUUAUUUUAUUUUAUAUUUUUCGAACAUGUGUGUGCAACACAAGAAAGUAAACUGAAAACAAACAAAAACAAUAAUAGUAAAUAAUAACGAUGAUGAUAAUGUGAACCCAACAUGUCCGAAAAGGAGCAGGAUGAAGCAUUAUGUUUAAUUAAACCUACCCCUUCUCUGCUACUUAAUUAACAGUCAGUCACUCCAACAUAUUUACAUUAUAUUUACAAGAAAAUAGAAAAUAAAUUAAGUAAAGAGAAAAGUAAGAGAAAAACUCUUCUUCCUCCCUGUACCUGGUGAGAACCAUGUGUUGGUACCGCUUUUUUCACUUAAUAUAUAAAUAUAUAUAUAUAUAUGUAUAUAUAUAUAUACAUAUAAUUGUAUUAAUAUGGAAACAAAAACUCUUUAAAAUUUGUUUAUGUUGCGUAUUUCAGCACCAAGGCUUAAAAUUCAGAAGUUUACAUAAAUUUACAAUCACAGACUUUGUAAACUUUUAAUUUUCUGUGUCUUUGUCGGAUACUUUUUCCAUCUGUGCCAGUCCAGAGGAACCUGUUGCUCAUGUUAAAUGGUGUUUACUGUCGCCAUAAUAAUGCUGAAUGUAAAUUAUGUGUUUAAGCACCUUUAGUAGGGCUGGGGCCGAUAUGCUUUUCUCCCGAUUCGAUUCUUCUACGAGUUUUUGGAUGCCGAUUUGAUUUAAUUUUUGAUUCUUCCUGAUUAUUAGUCUGCAUUUUUAAUACCAGUGAAACAGUUUAAUGAUUAUGAUUGUUUACUGACUAUUCCAAGAACCAUACUUCCCCAAAAAAUACACAACACAUGUAAGUCAGUUUUUAAGAUUUGUUCUUGAAUUUGAGAAGAAAAAAAAAAUCGAUUUUUGAUCAAAAAAAUCAAUUUAAAAAUUGUAAAAGAAAAAAAUUGCGACACUUACGUGAAUCCAUUUCUUUUCCCACCCCUAACCUUUAGUGUCAAUGUGUCUCCUAAGUCCUCUCAAGUUGAUUAUUACAGAUGGAGUCAUUAAGAUUUUAAUAUUUACCUGGACAUAAAAAGGUUGUAAUUAUUUGUGAUUGUCAUGACACGACUGUUUAGAGCCAAACAAGCCACUUAUUAUAAAAAAGUGAGGAAAAAAUAAACAUGUAUUUUUACUGGAGAGCUUUUGAGAUCGUGAUCAUUUGAUGAAAGUGUAUUUGGUUUUAAGCACACUCACUGAUACUCCUGUUUACAGCCCCAUACAGUGACCCGUGUGUCCGUACGUGAGGACUCUGUUAGUCAGACACUUGAACCCUCCGGCGAGUGUUUAUCCGUCUUUAACUCUCUGCUGCCCGUCGGCGUUGAGGAGUAUUUUUGGUGCGCGCUGACCUCCAAACGUUGUGAUGGAAACAGAAAGUUUGUCGGGAAGCUAAAAAUAGAGGCUUUGGUUUUGGAAAGUUUAUCUGGGCUGAAUGAGUGAGCUCUUUGUAUCAGCGGGGAGUUAAAUGACUGCAGUGGUCACAUUGAUGAAUUCAUUAACCGGCCUGAAAAAGUCGAUCAAAUAACCUCUUAAGCGGAUCAGAUUAUAAACCAGGGAGACUUUGAUGCAUUUGACCUUUUCAUGAUCUCUAAAACUGAACGGAAGCAUGAUGUGUCAACUUCACAGGCAGUACCUGAUGAGGAACCCGUGCCCCACCCUGCCUUUCCACCACCAGGUGCCACCGCCUCACUCCGACACUGUAGAGUUUUACCAGAGGCUCUCCACAGAAACCCUCUUCUUCAUCUUUUACUACCUGGAGGUGAGUAGCGUUGUGUCGUUGGCGAACGAUUCGUUCAAAAGAACCAAAUCCUUUAAGCGAACGUACUGAACAGAAUCACUUCCUUGAGCGAUUCGUUUGUUUCUCACUUUAUUUAUGGUCGUCUUUCCUCCGUCCUCUCUGUAGGGCACUAAGGCCCAGUAUCUGGCAGCCAAAGCCCUGAAGAAGCAGUCCUGGAGGUUCCACACAAAGUACAUGAUGUGGUUUCAGAGACACGAAGAACCCAAGACCAUCACUGAUGAGUUUGAGCAGGUAUUUAAAAAAAACCUGUGGACUCCUGCUACGGUUUUUACUUUACCUGGGUUUAUUUUUCCAUCUUUAAAUCCGUCUCUCUGUGUUUCUUUUCUCAGGGAACAUACAUUUACUUUGACUACGAGAAAUGGGGCCAACGGAAGAAGGAAGGCUUCACGUUUGAGUACCGGUACCUUGAAGACCGAGACCUCCAGUGACCUGCAGCCAAAAAAAACGAAGCAGACACACAAAGACAGACACAGACGGACAACACACAGCCGAGGAAGGACAAGACGGAUGGAGGGCGAAACAAAUGAAGAAGUUGUCCACCUGCUGACAUUCCUGGGUUUGACCUCGACUCUCAGAGGAGAGGAGAUUUCAGGAUGAAGAGGGUGGAUGGGUUCACACGGACACUUUAAAAAAAAAACCCUCCACCCCUCCUCCUCUGCCAUCCCUCCAUCAUCGGGCUUUUCCUCCUCCUGAACUGGAUCUCCUUUUUCAAGAAGACUCUGACAGAUAAGACACAGAAAUCACACCUAAUACUCAGACUAUCACAUGCUUUCCCCUCUGCGUUCUCUUCUUCUGUUGGCUUUAAAAACCUUUUCGCUUAUGUAGCCCUUUUAUGAACCAAAGAUUAUUGGUUAAUCAAACAGAAACAGGCUCUGUCUUUUUUCCAUAAGAGUGAGGAAAACCUAAACCCACAUCCAAACACACACCUGACCUGUGCGGUCGCAGGGAUGCAACAUCUGUCUGAGUUUUUACAGGGAGCAGAGAUGCAGCAGCAGGGCAGGGAUGACAAAGAGGUUUCCUGAGUGUGGCUCCUCUCGUCGCAGGUUUACGUCUUUAUACCAUUUGGGCCGAUAAGAACAAACAUGUGAAUCAUUUGUUUAACUGCGAUGGAUCAUGAAAUCUAAAUGCCUACAUCUUGAGGUUACACACAGAUAAAAACAAGCAUAACUAAAUAACUCGAUUAUCUCAAACGGCUGAGACCUGGAUUCAAAAUCUUGUCUUAUAUCAAAACCAGGGUCAGAGCCGUGUUCAGUCCUGUUUGCGGAAUAGAAAUCAUAUUAAAUAAAGAAGUAUGGGACGCUUUUCAGAGCAGAGUAUUACAAUGAAUCCAUCAACACCUCCUGAAAACAGCUCUAACAAAAAUCUAACAUCAUGACUCUCAUUUAGGAGGUUAUUGUUUCUAUACUUUAACUGUAUGUCACUGAAAAGCCGAUUUCUAUUUUGAAAAUUCACUGCAAACACUGACAUUUAAGCUUGUGAUCAUUUCAAUUUUCAAGUCGAGGUUCCAGAUGAUGGAAAAAAUGGUGCUAAAACAUAAACUUUUACUUUUACUUUUUGAAAAUCUGCACAUUAAAUAAAAAAACAAACCUGUGUGGAGUUAAGAGCAAUAAAGAUCAGCAUCAAAACAGCAUAAAUACAAACUUUACUGUCUAAAGAUGUAAUCUCUAAGGGUUGUUUGGUUCAAAAUCACGUGAAGUUACUGGUUAAGUUUUGGUUUAAAAUCGUUUAAAAACAGAAUGAGGUUUGGUUGAAGCCAUGAAGCAUAAUUCAUGUCCGUGUAGGUUUGUAAAUAUGGACUUCAAUUUUCCAGGAAACAGAAUCUUAAUAUUUUUUUCCUGCUCUGCUGCUGCUGCUACAAUAAGGGCUUGUUUAGCUCCAAACAAACUGCCCCUUUGACCGGAAAACCUGCCUCUGCUGUAAUCCAACCUGACCGCGCUAGACGAAACACAAACCCCAGCAGCUAAAUGUGGCUGGAUGUCGGUCGUAGGAGGCUCCGCGGGCUUCUCUAGCACUUAACUAUCUUCAGAGGUCCUGCUGCUGUUGUGUUUUUUAUGAUUAUUUGUGAAUUCACCAGCCGCUGUGGUCUAAAAAUACUCCAACCUGCCUACUCCCAUCCAGCCGCGGUGGAGGAGUGUGACAAAACAGCCGGUGAGGUGUUGGUAGUAACUGUUUUUUUUAUACCUGGUGGGCAGUGUUAUAUCACAGCUCAGAAAGUCUUUUAGGGGAAAUGAUAUCAUAUUUCAAGAGUAAGAAUUCAUCUCAGAUUCAAAGAGUCAGUUCACAAAAAAAACUAAUAAUUGGGCCUCAUAUGGUCACUCUAAAUCAACAAAAACACACUAUAACACAUUCAUAUAGCUGCACUUUCUCCUCACAUCCCCUAAUAAGGUUGCUCUGCAGUGUUCCAAGCUGGGAUUAGUAAAAACAUUGAAAUACUCCAUCUAAUUUAGCAAAUUUUCUAAUCACUUAAACGUAAAUCUAAAAAAGCACAAUUUAUUUAUCCUGGCUCAAACUGUCAUUUCUGCAGAGUGUGGCUAAAGUUAGCAGAGCUAGCACCACCAGCGUUCACUCGUCUCUGCAGGUCGAGUGUUUAUUUGCCGGUUUAACCAGACGCAGCCCACACACACACACACACACACACACACACACACACACACACACACACCUUCAUCCCUGACUUUUAUAGUAAAAUACUGCCAGACCGCUGUACUAGGUUGCUAUUAUUAGUGCUUGUUUACAAGGCAAGAUACUCACUCCUGCAUGACAAUUAUCUUAUGCAUAUAGGUAAAUAUCUUGUGUGCAUAAUAUAAUGCUGUUGUGGGAAUAGUUACGUAAUCUUGUGCGCAAAAUAAAGAUAAAGCGUACACAUAAAUUACAUCACAUCAUUUGUUUUGUGUUGUGCCCACAAGAUAGUUGCUUGUUACAGCAAUAAAAACAUCUAUUUUCCAGCACAAGAUGUUAAAUCCUGAAGGAGAAGUUAUUUUGUUGUGCAAACAAGACAAUAACCUGUGUACACAAGAUGGGAAAAGUACCUUUUUGGGCUUUAGGGGUGCCAUAGUUUUUUGAUUUCGUCUUCUUUAUUUAAACCAAGCACUGAAUCUGAGCAGGAUGUAAGAUGGUCUUUGCUGAAAUGUGGCAGUAAAACUUUUAAAAUGACCUCCUAAAAGUUCAUUUUUUAAGAGUGAAAGGAAAGGAAACCGUCAAUAUGGAGUAUGUAGCACUGCGGAUACUCUAAAACCAGCUGGAGUAAGUUUUCCUGAGAAAGCAGAGAAAUCUGCAUGACUGUAGAGCUCAGUCAGAAACUGUGGUUCUGGGUGAACUGAACAUUUUCAACUUUAAUCUCCAGCAGUGAACCCUGAGAGCAUCGUGGGUGUCAGAUGUUACCAGCAGCUGGACGGACGUUUGUUAGUCUCCCACCAGCCUCCCUCCCUCCCUCCUUCCCUCCUCUUCCUCCCUCCCUCCUCUUCCUCCUCCUCCUCUUCUCUCUGUGCUGGAGAGCACAAACUGAGCAACACCAGCAACACUGCUGCCCACACCUCCUCUGUCCUCCAGCUCUGUGCAGCUCCAUGUUUACACACUGAAGGCUUCACAACAAACACACACAAACACACUGCCCAGUUGUUACUACCAACAAAUCAAGGUUCAUCUCCUGAACACACAGCAGAUCGUUUUUUUCUUCCUUUUCUUGUUAUUUUCGGGGAUUUUCUGUUUCCCUCUUUCUCUCUCGGCCGGCCAGCUCUUCCUUCCUCUCCUCAUGCCAGGUAGAUGUUUCCUUUAUUUCUCAGGAAGUAUUUGAUAGAUCAUUGUAAGAGGAAAUGUAUCAGCCAGCACAAAUAAAUACUCUUUCCGGAAAGAUUCGUACCAAAAUUUGUAACCCCCUUUUCUCUACCUGACGGCGUCCCUCCCCAUUUCACGAAAAGCUUUUUUUGAAACACAAAUAUUGUCCUCCAAUGUUUGGAGUAGCGCCUGGAAGGGAGACCAUCUUUAUAUUUUGUAUUUGCUGGAUUAAUCCUUGUGAGAUUGUAUAUUCUGUGUUUAUUUUUCCAGAGACGGGGAAAGCAUUUUAAAAACCAAGAGAGCUGUUCUUACUGAAGAUCAGGAGCUUCUCAUCAGGAGUGUGGGUGUUUUAUUUUUUUUCAGCCAAACAGACACACAGACACACACACACACACAGACUGUACACUUCUUCACUCGACUGACAGUCCUGCUUUUAACCUUUUUGUUUACUUUUUUUUUGCCAUGCGGGAGAGAUGAGAGGUCAAUCCAAGAGCUGAAAUGUGAAUCUCUCUGCCCCUUGACAAAAGUGUUGUAUAAACUCUCAUACUUCGAACCUCUCCUUUUUUGUUUUCGUUUUGUUUUUGUUUUGUUGUUGUCGUCAGACAGCAUGUAAUAAUGACACUUGCAAAGUGGCGCUGAAAAAGUAAAUAAUGACAUAACCAUGAAUAAAGGAUUGUAAAAUAUUAAUAAAAGAAUUACUUUUCAGAAAACUGGA